AAUCGAUAUCUGAUAAUGUCGAUAUAUCGAGCCUAUUCACCGGUCCAACUGAUAACGCUGAUAUUGCAUUCGUUGUAUUCUUGUCAUGCUGUCGUUGAACUGCUCCUUAGGGUUCUCUCGAUCGUCUCUCCUGUGAAAAUAUCAAUUAGACAUUGUCGACCGACGAUGGAUGUGCCGCCGUCGAAUCCUGAUCCUUUGCACAACAAGGUGGAAACCAUGAACGCGGCGGAGCCGAUGGUCAACAGCCGUGACCGGCGUAUGUACCCGAAUCCGAUUAUUCAGGGACGAAACUUCCAGCAGCAGCAGCAGCAACCUCAGUCCGACGAGUCCCAAGUCAGCUGCGUCGUCUAUGACAUGUCCACUGAGAAGGGACGACGGUUUAAAGAGUACAGAAGGUCGAAAAAGAGAUCGCUGAAUGUAGACGAGAUGGCAGCCAAAAUCAAUAGUUUAAAAUUAAACACCGAGAAAUCUCCAGUCACAAAACUUAAUGAAUUUAUGAAUUUAUGUAAAAUAAAAAUAGAUUUUGAAUUAGUUUCUGUAGAUGGUCAUGUCCAUUCUCCAGUAUUUACAAUAUGUGCAAAAUGUGAUACCAUAGUUGUUUUUGGCCAAGGUGCAUCAAAAAAAGAAGCCAAAAAAAAUGCUGCAAUUGCUUUUUUGAAUAAAUUAGAUUAUAGUCAAAGUCACAAUAUUAUAACAUCUACUACUUCAAACCAUUCACCUGCUUCAUCGAAUAUAAACCAUUCUGAAAAAGUUUUAGAAUCAAUAACAAAUUUAAACCCUAUUGGUGUACUGCAAGAAUUUUGCAUAGCUCAUAAUUGGGAACUGCCUUGCUAUAAACUCGAAGAAUCCCAUAGACCAAAACAUUCUCAGUACUUAAUGAUAUGUACUCUGAAGAUUUAUUCAACAAAAGGUGAAGGGAAAACCAAACAAAUGGCUAAAAGGAAAGCAGCUUGUCAUAUGUAUGAUUUAAUUAAAAAUUUGUCAUCCAAAGAAAUAUCUGCUUUUAACAACUAUACAUUUAAUGAUAAAAUGAAUAACAAUGAACUUUUAAAUAAUAAUCUCAAAGAACAAAAUGUUACAAAUUUUUGUGAUACUCUUCAGUUCCUCAGGGUAUUCUUUGAAGAGUUAAAAUCAUCCAAAAAUAUUUCAAUAAAUAUACUUAAGGAAUUACAGUACAUAGAUAAAUCGAUGAUGAAUGUUGUUGAAUUUUUGGAAAAUAUUGGACAAGAAGAAGGUUUUAAGGUUACAUAUGUUCUGAUUUCAACUAAAUCCAGUGAUGUAGAAGUUUUGGUGCAACUAGUUAUUAACCCUCUUGUGGUAAAUGUAGGCAUAGGGAAAACAUUUGAGGAGGCUCAGGAAGUAGCUGCCUUUACAACUUUGAUGUAUUUAAAACUUUUGUUAGCAGAUUGAAUAUGAAAGAAAAUAAGUAUUAUCUAGUGAUUUAUUUAAUCGAUUACUAUUAUGCAUAAUGAUAAAUCAAUUUCGUUAAAUUUACAAAUUAAUUUAUUGUUGUUUAAUGAUUAGAAAUUUAUAAUUUAUUUAC